CCUUUGCAGAGAGAGAGAGAGAGAGAGAGCGAGAGAGAUAGAAAGAGGGAGAGGGAGAGAAGUCCAAAAAGCUUUGGAGCAUUGCAAGAAGAAAGAAGAGUCUCUGCUGCCAGAUUUCCACACUCUACAACCAAAAACAAAGUGAUAUACUUUUCCUUGAAAAAGUUAGAAAAGCGGCCAUGGACGGUACCACAUUCGGACGCACGUUGCUCCUGUGCACCUUGCUGCUCUGGGCAUUUCAAGUUUGUAGUGGUGCUGUGACCGUGAACGUGACUCCUAAAGUGGAUGUGUUGAAAGGAGAGACUGCCAAAUUGCCCUGCACAUAUACGGUCUCACCAACACCAAGCAACACCGUCGUGGAGUGGUACAUUGAGGAGCAUGGAACCAGGAAGCGCGUGGCUUUCUCCCAGGGUGGCGAGGGAAAAAGCGAUGACGGCACCCCUCUGGCUGGGCGGGUCACUAUCGAAGAAGACUUCUCCUUGACCAUCUCCUUGGUUCAACCCUCUGACCAGCUUGACUUCUACUGCCAGGUCACCGCUGGCACCGCUGGGGUUGGAGAGGCCACCACUGUGCUCAAAGUCUUCUUUGCUCCCGAGAAGCCAGAACUCACAAAGCCGUCAAGUCAGGCCAUUUCUGUGGGAGAGACUACCAGCUCUGAGAUUGGUACCUGUGUGACGAUGAAUGGACAUCCCCUGCCAAGAAUCAUCUGGUUCAAAGAUGACCAGCCCCUAGCUGAGGUCAAGGACAGGAAAGAGAAGACCUAUAUGAUUUCCUCGGUGGUGAAGGAGGCCUCGGGUCUCAACACUGUCAGGAACACCCUGCACAUGCAGCUCAAAAAGGCAGACAAGGACUCUGUGUUUCAGUGCACCGUGGAGUACAGCAUGCCAGGAGACCAGAUCAAACAGAAGAAGUCUGAUACCAUCACCAUCAACCUCAACUAUCCCUCUGAGAAAGCGACCUUUUCCCUUCUCAACACGGAUCCAAUCAAAGAGGGCGAUACUGUUACCAUGAAGUGUGAGACUGAUGGAAACCCUCAGCCUGAGAUUGACUUCACCAAAGAUGGAAAAGUCAUCGCUGGUCAGAAUGGUGUCCUGUUGCUGAAAUCUGUCAAGCGCACAGAAGCUGGUGUGUACAAGUGCACAGCUACAGAUUUUGAUAACCUGGAAGCUGACCUGAGUGGAACCAUCACCCUCACUGUUAACUACAUCGACCCAAUGAGUGUGACCCCCGCCGAACCUCAAGUCGUCAUGCUCAAAGACAAAGUGGAGUGGCAGUGUAAGACCAAGGCCUCUGCUGGCCACACUGUUCACUGGAAAAAGGGCUCUGAGGUGCUCUCACAGGACGGCAUGCUGUCAAUACAAGAUGUUUCCUACGAUAAAGCUGGAGAGUACAUGUGUGUUGGAGCCGUGCCAUCUGUGCCAGGACUGACAGCCCAGGCUAUUGUCAACCUCACUGUCAAAGGAAAGCCAAUGAUCGAGUCUCCUGCUGUUGGAACGGUGGGGAAGGAAGGAGACAUGGUGACUCUGAAGUGCUCGGCCUACGGCUCCCCUGCCCCUCAGUUCACUUGGACGCCCUCAGUGAAAGAGUCAGUAUCAGUGGAAGGUAACAAGGUGGUGAGCACCGUGACCCUGCAAGCCACAGCCGAGGUCAUGAAGGACGGGGUGACCUGCGAGGUCUCUAACGAGCACGGAACAGAUAGCAAGACCUUCCUGGUAUCUGUCAAAAGAGCAAUUGGCAAAUCGGCCGACAGAGGAUUUAGUACCUUAGCUUCUGUGUCCGUAUGCUCUCAGUGGUGUGUGUGUGUGUGUGUGUGUGUUUUGUGGUUGUUGCUUUGCUAUGCUAUGGGACUGAGAAACUCUCUUUCUCUCAAAGUGCUGCUCUCUGGAAACCCUGUGCUUAAGUCAGCUGACAAGCAGCAGGGAGGCUCCAGCGGGGUGGUGAUUGCCGUGGUGGUGUGUGUUCUGCUGCUCCUUCUGCUGGUGGCUCUCAUCUACUUCCUGAACAAGAAGAGCAAGUUGCCCUGCAGCAAGAAGGACAAGAAGGAAGUGGCCAGUGGAGAGGUGAACAAUGACAUCGUGGUCGAGAUGAAGACAGACAAGGCUAACGAAGAAGCCGGUCUCCUCAACAAGAGACCCUCCACAGAACAGUGAUGAAACAAGACGAAGACCAACAGAGGGAUGAAGGGAAGGAGGAGAACAGUUAUGAAGACAACAGGGCUACUUUUUAGUCACUACACAAGAUUGUGGGGAGCAACAAGAGGUGGAAUAUGGACAAUGGUUUGUUUUGGGGGACCUCGGGAGGUACAUGCAUUGGUUAUGCUUGUUUUAUAACCUGGAGUUGACCUUUUUGGAUGGAGUUUCUUCUUUUUUUUUUCUUUUUAGAGACUCCAUCCAUUUAUGCUACGACAGGUUUAAAACCAUACGUGUGCAAAAUCACAAUGUGACAUCACUGGAUGGACAUUAUUAUCACGGCUUCUUUUGAUUCUUCCUCACCAAUCACAUCUUCGGUUGACUCCUCUGCAGAAUAGAGCUGAACACCGAGACAUGGCCGACACAAUCCAAACACAGUGGCACCAUCUUUCUUUUCUUCCCCAAAUAAAUGCUAAUGAGCCACUGUGAUUUUUCUGGAGUGCGCAACUGCCUGCGAGUGUAACACUCGACGUCUAUUCUGCCCUGGAGUCUGCACUUAAAUUCACUGCUCUCUGCCGGGUAUAUUGGGAAAAAUGAUCACACGGUACCAUUUCUGCUUUUAUUCACCUCAAUAACAAGUGAUGAUUUACGCUCACAACAAUAAAUCCCUCUGCCCACUGUUUGGCACAUGCAGCUGUAACAUUUCCGCUCAAAGAAGCUCUGUGUUUGUGCUCUAGCACUGUUUGUUUAAUUGCCUUUUUGCCACCUGUGAAUGUUUGUGUGUGUUUUUCCCCCCCCAAUACCACUAAUUAGCUUUCCAUAGAAGCAGCUCAAGCAUUUAAUAAUGCCGAUCUUUUCUCUUAAAUAGUUUGCCUUUUUAAAUUCAGCUGCAACGCCACCGAAUAAGCAAGCUCUGAGGUUGUACAAAUUUGUUCUUGCCAUUUCCAGCAUUCUUGUAUAUUAUGUUAGUACGUCAAUCGUUCACUUUGCUCUCCUGUUUUCUCUGUAAAUUCAAAUACUACUAUUACCCUGUCUAUUAAGCAGGAGGUGUAGGCUACUGUGCAUGAUGUGGAGUUCAAAGUGUCUGUGGUUACUAAGCUGCUGGCCCGGGACGGUAAUUGCUACCAUUUCUGCUCCAAAAACCCAAUUAUCAUCAGCUUUCAUUUUCACUGUAAAAUUGGAGGAAUUUGGCGAAAUGGUCGACAAUCUCAAACUGUGGCCUGCUGUGUUGUCAUUUUUUCCCGUGACAACAAAAUGGGACUUUUACGGGCUGCAGUAGUCACAGAUUCACCUGCUCGUAGAAAUCACUGGCACAGGUUCACUGUAGUUUGUUACAAGCAGGGAAGGUGUGGGAGGGAUCGGGGGUUGUUGCUGGAGUAUGUGAUGUACCUUUUAUUUUUACCAAAUGGAAGAGUUUCUGAGUGUCACAGCAGGAGUGUUUCUAUGUUUAGGUAGGCAAUACUGGUAUUUCUGUUCCUCCCUUACACUGUCGGCAGGCCAGAGAGGUUUGGUAGCUGGUUGACGUGCCAUUUUACUUUGUUGUACACUGGAACCAAUGGCCUUGAUUUUUAAAAGAAAGUCACCUCAAACAACUAUCUUUUAUUUUGUAAUGUCUGUCUACUGAUCUUGCCAUAUUGACUGUUAGCAAACCUGUGAUGGCAGGCGAAGAUAGAUAAGUGAACUUGGAGCAUCCUUUUUUGAUUUUUAAUGUUUUAUAUAAAAAUAAUGUGGUAUAAAAGUUGUUGUUUUUAGAAAGGGGUAUUCUUUAUUUUGGAACUACUGAGUUUUUCGUUUUUUCCCAUGCUUUUCCACUCGCUCUGAGAGAAGAGAGAAAUGUUGUUUUUUUAUUUAGGAGGAUUCUUAUUUUAGGAGAUAUUCUCAGUGCUUUACUUCUCUCUCUCUCUCUCUGUACUGUAUACUGUAUAUUUUGUGGUACGCUGUUGUGACCUCUGUGGUGUGUUGAUGUAUCUUUUUUUAUUUGGUUCCAGCUGUGUAGAAUUUAUAAAGAAACAAAACUCAAGAAAAACGAUCACAACACUAUAUUCUCCGCGUUUUUAUUCCCAUCUCUGCAACAGGCAGUUUGUGAAAACUGUUUUGUGAUUUAAUUAUUUUUUGGUUGUGAUCACAAAUUCACUGUGUAUGCUUAGAUGCACAAAGUAGAAUGGAAGCUAGAAACAGUGCCUGGCCAUUUGAUAACAUUUGGUUACACCAUUGAACAUCGUCUGUAAAAUCUUGACACACCAGACCAAAAGCAAUCAAAAAAUCAAAUAGCUUUUGAUGUAAUUCAUCCGUUUUUGUUUUUUUUUACACUUCCCAAAAGAUGACAUCUAAAUUGAUUCCUAGCGUGCGCCAAAGUUAAAUCUCUUUGAUAUAACCGGCAUUAUGUAAAUAUCCCCCCACAUUGAUUGAUCCCAUGAUUUGUUGUGACAGAACAGAAAAAUGAAGGAAGCUCGUGUUUUUGCAUCGACUUCAUGACGCAGCGUUCUCUCCACUUGCUCUCGUGUUAAGAAAUGACUUGAAAUGAAGCCAUCAAUCAUCUGCAAAUUGCAGUGCAGCCUUGUACAUUCAUAAGUAACAGUUAGUAAGAUGACUCUUACUCAAUAGCAGCUAUAAUCACAAUUGACUAUUUGAAAAUGCAUAUAUCAAAACCAAAUGUUAAUCAAGACGAAAGCAUGAAAGGGUUCCUCUGAAAAUCUAAACAAGGCUGGUUUAUUCUCCACAGCAAAGAAUCUCCCCUCCCUCUAACAGAACGCUUACAUAACAGUACGUGUUAACCUUGUACCAAUUUGUAACAAUUUUGCCCAACACCAUGCAUAGACAGGAUCUCUGGUUACGGGCCAAUCAGUGCUAUUGUCUUGACACACCCCCUGCUCUGCUGGCUCUUCCAUUAGGAAAUUAAAUGCCUCCCAUCAAUGUGACCUGGAGAAAUCGAUCGAAAGCUCUGAAUACAAAGCAGCAAAGACGGAAGCUGUAAGAGCGUGUUGGCAGAAAAGGGGAGUUUAUGGAAAUUGUAAAUAACAGUGUCAAUGUCAGCCCCUGCUAAUGUGAUUGACGUGAGGAUACAUGUCAGCAUCUCCAGGGGUUUCAAACCUGCACUGAAACCUUCAAACAUUUGCUGUUUCAGAUGCUUUUCCACAAAGAAAAAAAAAAACAUACACUAAAUUAUUAUGUAAGGAUAGUAGAAUGUCUCUAGCAUCAAUAUGAAAAAAUAAGGGAUUCAGCACUGUUAACACACACAAACACAAUUCUAAUCUAAUUUACCUUAAUUUCCCAAGAUUUUCUGGGGACAGUUGCCAUAAAGACACCUGACGACGUGAAGACAUGCCACAAACUAGAGAACAACGAGGUAAGAUGCAUUUACUUUUAUGAUAAAACCAUUAAAAUGUAUGGUGACCUGUUGUGCGAGUUACUUGAAAAUUGCACUACUUUACUAAUUACUCAACAACAACAGGAAUUAGUUGCAUCACUCAUUAGGCUGCUCACUUUAAGUGUUGAAACAGAAAAGGAGACAUUGUGAAGGUAUUGACUGACCAUCACCUGUUAGCUUAGCACUCAGCACUGCAUACUACAGAAGCCCCGUCCUCACAGGGAUUACAGGGUUCAUACACCGUACAUCCUAUGCGUACAACGUUGAACAAAACCAGGUGAUUCCUGAAUGUAGGUAAAUGGAUAACGGUAGCAAGCUAGCUAAGAAAAUAUCACAAAAAAAACAACUUUUGAGUAACCGGAUGUUGCGUUUCUUCUCUUUUCUACUCGUAGAGGUGGAGAUGAUCUUUUAAGUCAGUGGCGUACUAAUUUUAUAUAUAGCACUCUAAUGUUUACUAACAUUAGCCACUGUAAGCUACUGGUCAUACCAAGCCACGAAAGGCUGUAGCAGGAUGACCUGAAUUGACAAAGUGUGGUGUCUUUUAUUUUUCACUUUUUAUUUAAAGUGGAAAUAUUGUGUUAUUUCGUCUUUUACAACUUUUUAAAACUUGCUCUUUGGGAUGUUGGAAAUCGUGAUUAGUGACUGUAAGAAAUGUAACCAUGAGAACAGAAUAACCAGGCUUUAAGUGUGUGAUAUGGAUUGAGAGUGUGUUGAGUAAGUGAUUACGAGAGAC